UCUCAACCCAUCCUGGGCUUCCUCAAGGUGACCCUGUGCUGAGCUCAGGCAUCUCAACCCAUCGUGGGCUUGUCCUGGAGGUGACCUUGGGCUGAGCUCCGCGUGCCUGUUCUGGGAGCUGUUGAUUUACAAUGCAGAUUCCUCACUCCUCGCCUGCCUGCCCCUGCCCCUCCUAAACUUGGCUGGGACAGAAGAGCCUGUUUGCUUUCUGAUGCCAACAGUGGCUGUGGCAGAGAGCCCUGCCAUGUGAGAGGCAGAGAUAGAGCAGAGGGGGCCAAGGAGGAGCAGACGGUGCAGCUGCUGUUACUUCUGGCAGCCGAGGAGCACAUCUGUGGGACAAUGUCGGUGCUUAACCCUGUCCUGCAGCCCCCGGAGGUGAAGGAGUAUCUGUCCAAGGGCGAGCGCUUCAUCAAGUGGGAUGAUGAAACAGCAAGUGCUUCUCCUGUGAUCCUUCGAGUGGAUCCAAAGGGCUUUUACUUGUACUGGACCUAUCAGAGCAAGGAGAUGGAAAUGUUGGAUAUGACCAGCAUCCGAGACACCCGUGUAGGGCGGUUUGCCAAGAUCCCCAAGUGCCAGAAGCUCCGAGAGGUUUUUAACUUGGAUUACCCUCACAGCACCUUCCUGCUUAAGACACUGACUGUUGUGUCUGGCCCUGACAUGGUGGACCUCACUUUCCAUAACUUUGUGUCCUACAAGGAGAAUGUUGGCAAGAGCUGGGCAGAGGACAUCAUGGCCAUUGUUCGGAACCCCCUCACGUCCAACGCGUCUCGGUACACCUUCCUAGAGAAAAUCCUGGUGAAGCUGAAGAUGCAGCUUAAUGCAGAGGGGAAGAUUCCUGUCAGGAAUAUUUUUCAGAUGUUUCCUGCAGACAGGAAAAGGGUGGAAGCAGCCUUAAGUGCUUGUCAUCUUCCAAAGGGCAAGAAUGAUGCCAUCAACCCAGAGGACUUCCCUGAGACUGUGUACAAAACCUUCCUCAUGAAUCUGUGUCCACGGCCUGAAAUUGAUGAGAUAUUUACCUCACACCAUUUAAAAGCAAAGCCCUACAUGACCAAGGAGCACUUGGCAAAGUUUAUCAACAAGAAGCAGCGAGACUCUCGCCUCAAUGACAUCCUGUUCCCACCAGCCAAACCUGAGCAGGUGCAGAGCCUGAUAGAGAAGUACGAGCCCAGUGGGAUUAACAUCCAGAGAGGGCAGUUGUCUCCAGAGGGGAUGGUCUGGUUUCUCUGUGGCCCUGAGAACAACGUUGUAGCACUGGACAAACUGCUGCUGUACCAGGACAUGACCCAGCCACUCUCCCACUACUUCAUCAAUUCCUCACACAACACCUAUUUAACAGCUGGCCAGUUCUCUGGUCUCUCCUCUCCCGAGAUGUAUCGCCAGACGCUGCUGGCCGGCUGCCGCUGCGUGGAGCUGGACUGCUGGAAGGGCCGGCCCCCGGAUGAGGAGCCCAUCAUCACUCAUGGCUUCACCAUGACUACUGAGAUCCUCUUCAAGGAUGCCAUCGAGGCCAUUGCAGAAAGUGCUUUUAAGACAUCUCUCUACCCUGUCAUCCUGUCCUUUGAGAACCACGUGGACUCGCCCAAGCAGCAGGCAAAGAUGGCUGAGUACUGCAGAACCAUCUUUGGAGACAUGCUACUCACAGAGCCUUUGGAGAAGUACCCACUGAAGCCAGGAGUUCCUCUGCCAAGCCCUAAGGAUCUUCUGGGGAAAAUCUUGAUUAAGAACAAAAAAAACCAAUCUAUAUCUGGGAAGAGGCAGAACUCAUUGAAGAAAGGGAAGAAUGUGGAACCAGAAAUCAUGGAGCAGCCAACCCCCGUGGAUGCUGAAGACACUGUCUGGGCAGGUGAUGUGGCUGAAGAGGAACCAGAGGAAGAGGAUGAACACCUUGGAAACCUGGAUGAAGAGGAAAUUAAAAAGAUGCAGUCAGAUGAGGGCACUGCUGGUUUGGAGGUGACAGCCUAUGAGGAGAUGUCCAGCCUCGUUAAUUACAUCCAGCCCAUCAAGUUUGACUCCUUUGAAGUCUCUGCCCAGAAGAACCGGAGCUACGUCAUCUCCUCCUUCACCGAGCUGAAGGCUUACGACCUGCUAACCAAGUUCCCUGUGCAGUUUGUGGAAUACAACAAGCGCCAGAUGAGCCGGAUCUACCCCAAAGGCACCCGCAUGGACUCCUCCAAUUACCUGCCCCAGAUGUUCUGGAACGUCGGCUGUCAGAUGGUGGCACUCAACUUCCAGACCAUGGAUGUCCCCAUGCAGCAGAACAUGGCUCUCUUUGAGUUCAACGGGCAGUGUGGCUAUCUGCUGAAGCAUGAAUUCAUGAGGCGCCCAGACAAGCAGUUUGACCCCUUCUCUGUGGACCGCAUCGACGUGGUGGUGGCCAGCACCCUCUCCGUCACGAUACUCUCUGGUCAGUUCCUCUCUGACCGCAGCGUGAAGACUUAUGUGGAAGUUGAGCUGUUUGGGUUGCCAAGGGACACAAAACGCAAAUACAGAACCAAACUGACCUCCACUGCCAAUUCCAUUAACCCUGUCUGGAAAGAGGAGGCUUUUGUGUUUGAAAAGAUCAUGAUGCCUGAGUUGGCUUCUCUCAAAAUUGUGGCUUGGGAGGAAGGAGGGAAGUUCAUUGGCCAUCGUGUCAUUCCUGUCAUUGCAGUGCACUCAGGCUACCACCACGUCUGCCUGCGCAGCGAGAGCAACAUGCCGCUCACCAUGCCCUCGCUCUUCGUCUACCUGGAGGUGAAGGACUACGUCCCUGAUGCCUGGGCAGAUCUGACUAUUGCUCUCUCCAACCCCAUCAAGUUCUUCAGUCUGCAAGACAAGAGAUCAGUUAAGCUGAAGGAUGGCUCAGUGGAGAGGCCUGGCACACAGAGGAACCUCCCAUCUGCUGAAGCUAAUGGGAUACCAGACUGCAGUUGGAAGCUGGGGAUUCCUCUUCCCAAUGGGCCUGCAGGAGCAGCAGCAUUUGCCAAGGAUGAAAACAUGAGAGGAGUGACACAGAUAGCAGAGCCCCAGACAGCCAGCCUGGCAGAGUUGCAGCAGAUGAAGCACUUUCUGAAGCUGCUGAAGAGGCAGGAGAAGGAACUGAGGGAGCUGGAAAGGAAAGGAAGUAAACGGAGGGAGGAGCUGCUGCAGAAAUAUUCUGUGCUCUUUUUGGAGGCUCUCUGCUCUGGAGGCAAAAAAAGGAUGAUGUACUCUAGGAAAACCCAGAAGAAGAGGAAUUUGACAACAGGUGAUGUUGGUACCUGUGCACAUCCUGUAGACAUGGCAGAAAGCAUUGACAGCCAAGUGCUGGAACUGAGGGAGAGGCUGGAGAUGGAGCUGAUCCACUUUGGGGAGGAACACCACGAUGGGAUUCGAAGAAAGAAAGAGCAGCAUGCCACAGAGCAAGUCAGCAGGAUAACAGAGCUGGCCAGAGAGAGGCAAGCAGCUGAGCUGAAGGCACUGAAGGAAUCAUCUGAAAGCAACAUUAAAGACAUUAAGAAGAAACUGGAGGCAAAGCGAGUGGAGCGAAUCCAGACCAUGAUGAGGAACACGAGUGACAAAGCUGCUCAGGAGAGGUUGAAGAAAGAAAUUAAUAACUCUCACAUCCAGGAAGUGGUGCAAACAAUCAAGCUGGUGACAGAAAAGACAGCCAGGUACCAGCAGAAACUGGAGGAGAAGCAGGCAGAUAAUCUGAGAGCAAUCAAGGACAAGGAAAGUCAGCUCCAGCAGGAGGCACUGGCAGAGUAUGAGGAGAAACUGAAAAGCCUGAAUACAGAGGUGCAGGAGAUGGUGAGGAGCUACGCCAAAGCAGGAUUUCCUGGAGUGCCACAGACUCAGCAGGAAGCAGUUCAGAGCCUUCCUGAAGGAGAACAAGGCUCUGCAGAACAACAGGAAGAAAAGCCCCCAGCAGCAGAGGUGUCCAGGCUUAGUGCAGCCAUGGCUGAGCCCCCAGGCGCUGAACCAGAUGGCGAGAUUGAAGCAACCAUUUUGUGAGAGGCACUUCCCUUACUGUUCCACUUCAGAAAGGUUUAUGGAGCUGGGUAGUGAAGACCAGCCUGACAAACUACUGCUGUCCCUUUCCACUCCAGGGAAUUCCUGAAAUCCUUCAGGAAUUUACUGCUCUAUUAUCCUAGGUAUUGGCACCUAGAGAUCUGCCCCUCAUUCAUUUUGUCUUCCUCAGCCUUAGCACUGAGGGGGUUAAGCAGCACAAAAGGACCUGUGGCUGGAGACAAGUGAGUUCUUGGCAUCCACAGCAGCAGCUGCAUUAAAAAUUCAGUCUGGCUUCAGACUCCAGGUUUUAGAGUAAGUUCCCUCAGCAUCUACUACAUGCAGCUCUUCACAUCAGUAUGGUCUCAGAUCCC